AUCAUUUGAUCCAGGUGCGUUAAACCAGGGAGAAAACUAAAACACGCAGGAUGCCGGCCCUCGAGGACCGACUUUGGACACCCCUGCUUUACAGAGAGCUGGACUUGGACAGAAACUGUUUGCCAUAAAACUAAACCAGCAGCUCCUGAUGCUUAUCGCAGCUGCAGUUCCGCCAGCAGCCACAGAGCGGCGCUGUUUCUCCACUUCCACAACUACCUGUAUUUGGUGAAGGACUAUAUGUUGUAAAAAAUCUUCCAAACUGUUAUUUUUCUGUUUUUUGGGCUCUUCGGGGGGGUCCACUCCGUGUCUGAGGCAAAUGUGAAGACCCUUCUCUCCGUGUUCUGGAGAACCAGUUCCGGUUCGGCAGGUUUGGACAGCUGUUUAACAGAAUUUGGGUCUGUGGUUGGAGGUUUUACUGCAAAAACAAGUUAGCUGAACAGCUAAUCCUGAAAGUCCCGGGCGGGUUUAAAGAGUCCCUGCGGGGAGCAAACGGGCCGUCGGAGGUGAACUUUAUCCGGGGACCGAAACUAAUCUUUCGUGUUUAAAUAUUUUACUUCGGUUCGGUGUUUUUCCGUUUCUACUGAGGAGCAGCUGGAUCGGUUUUGAGGGGAUAAAUGUCGCUCCAGUCCGUAUCCCCGUUCAGAUCCGGACGGUUUUUGCGGUGGAAAAUGCGGUAAAGCGGGCGAAGCUCCGGCGUUGUGUCCGCUGACGCGGCGGCUCUGACUCUGCUGCCUCCGAGGCCUGCAGGUCGGGCUUCCACCGGGCUACAGUAUAGCCCUCACCCGCCGUAGGAGCGUCGGAGGGCGGCUUACCACGCCGCCACCUCUGGGCCUGCGCGUCGAGGGAUGGAACGGAUGGAAGUGGACCAAUGCGCAGGCGCAGGAGGCGGGGCACUACGUAGAUCAAACAGCGCCCCCAUGAUUACCAACGUCAGUGACGGGAUGACCGUCUUCAGCCCCGUGUCCUCGGCUCGGUACCGGCGCAGCAGUGUGUCCAUCAACCCCUCGCAGGUCGUCCCCUUGUCUCCGUUCUCCCUGAGUGGGGACAGACUGGACCACAAGAGGCCGGAGGAGAACAUGGAGACCAUGCUCCGAGGGAACGUCCACAGACUCAGUGCUUCCAGUCUUGUUCCAGCGCCUCCAGGCAGCCUGUGGGAGGACCACACCUCCACGUGGUUUCCGUCUCAGGACAGCGGCGUCACACCCAACUCGUCGCCCAGCCCGACCCGGAGAUUCAGACCCGCCGGCGCCAUCAGACCCGCCGGCGCUGUAAGAUGGCCGCUGCUGACGCCCCUGAAGAGGAAAGGUGGUGUUGAUUCGGACGGGCCACCGAAGAAGCUGUUUGUUGCCGGGGUAACAGACCCUGCCCACCGUGGCAGCAGCUACACAGUCAGCGUCUCCCAGGCAACGGUGGACGCUCCGCCUGUAGGGGGUGUCGGCCCCCAGCCCCGCCCACUGACCCUGUCCCCACCCCCUACCUUCUCCCCUCACCAGCACCCCUAGAGCCCCAACCCCAGCGCAUCACCACCACCUGGUUUCUGUCCAAUCAGCUGCCAGCAUCACUGUAAGCCACUUCCUGCAGACCUGCUCAGCGGCUCCCCCUGCUGGCCACUCCACCGCCCGGCUGGGGACGGAGGAAUGGGGUCAGGGGUCACGCUGGAUGUGUCCCCAGGAGGAAACACGUCCCCACGGCGCUGUCAGGGCCCGGACCGACCCGGAACAGGUCUGCUCCUGACCUUUGACCCGGAAUGACCCAGGCACUGGAGGCACCAGACCAGAACUCACAGGUUCUGAUGGACACAACUCCGUCUCAGCUCCAGAGCCAUUCUGGGUCACAACCGGGACAGAACCGGUCUCGGUGUUAAUCAAACAUCUUGUAUUAAAAAGUGGUUCUGGUUCUGCUGCAUUAAUCCCGUUUCCAUGACGACUUUCUGCUCAGUUCCGUUUCCAGGAGUUCUGGUCCAACCCAGACAGUUCUGCUCAGUCCUCUGACGAACCAGACAUUGACUAGGCCAUUCUGUCUGGGUCCUGGUUCUGUUGGUGACCCGGUCCGGUGCCAAACCAUGACCACACCACCGAACUUCGCAGGGUUUGGUUCUGUCCGCUCUGACCUUUGACAUCGGACUGGACCUGCUCAGACGUCUUCCACUCUGGACUCCAGGUGACCUUUGACCCCACCCAGGCUGCUGGAGCUGGACUUCCUGUUCCCAUGACAACGGGGACGUCUGGUGGAACCUCGCCGCUCUGAACCAGAACCGGUUCUGAUCUCCCAGAACACCCGACACCAUGCGAUAUUUGCACAUCAUCAUCAUCAUCGUCAUCACCGUCAUCCUGAUGAUUUAUGAGCCGCAGCGGCCAGCAGGUGGCGCCGCUGCUUACCUGACCCGACCAGGUUCUGUCUGUCCAGAACCAGGUCCGGUACUUCUUCUGCUUCCAGCUUCUGCACUUUGACAGUUGUACAGUUUUCUACUUCAUCCAUCGCUGUGCCUGACCCGGUCCGGUUCUGCGGACUGGACCUCCGUUUCUCUCAUGUCUUUAUUUUCCUGUGAAGAUCAGAACCGAGCCGGAGCAGCAGAACCGUUUUGAUUCUGUUUUUGCUGCUUGAUUCUGGUUCUGAUUUAUUUCUGGUUCUGUUUCUGUUUCAGAGUCCAAUCUCCUUCAGAGAACACGGUUCUGAUUAGCUGGGCGGGUUCUGGAGUGAAACAGAACCGACCUGUAGCUUUAACUGGACUUUCUGUGGUUUUCUCUUAUUUGCACAUUUCCCCUCCAUCCUGGUUCUGAUAGACCCAUGAAGGACUGGUUCUGAUGGACCCAUUAAGAAGAACCGGUUCUCUAACUGGCUCCAAGUGGAACGCAGGAGAACCGGACCAGAACUUCUGCUUCACAGAAGCUUUCUAAGCCAAAAAUAAUCGAAGUGGGAUUCUGGAAAGUCCUGACCCGAUUUCAGGUUCUGGUUCCAGCCAGGUCCUGUUUGGACCUGGAUGGUUUCAGUUGGAUCAGAACCGCUGUAGCAAAGACAGAAGAACCCGAUUCAGUAUUAAGUUUGACUCUGGGAGACCAAAUGUUCAGAUGUUCCCUGAUCAGAACCAGACCGGGUUCAUCAGAUACUGUUUAAUUCGGCUGGUUCUGAUGUUCCGGAUCAGAACCGUGGAGAACCUGGAGGAAUCCCGGCUGACUUUUCUAGAACCAGUUUGAAUUGUAGAAGUGAGUUCUGGUUCUGGUCCGGUCUGGGUUUGAAGCGGGGAGAUAAAGGGAACUAAAAGCACAUCAGUCCUGAUUUCACUGUAAAUAUUUCUGCUUUUCUUUGAGCUCAAAGGAGACGACGUAUUUUUCUGAUCCAUUCCCGGCCCGGUUCCGCCGUGGAGAACCGACCCGAUAAAUAUCAUGAUAUAUAUUGUUUAUAAAAGCUGCCAGUGAAAUAAAGUCUGUUCCAUCAAACAGAA